AGUAAAGCGUAAUGGGUCACUUGCAGUUGGAUUUUCAUGCCAUUCCCAAGCUAUAUGGCCGGGAGAACUAUUGGCAAUGGCGCAUCCUCCUGAAGACCUAUCUGGAGGCCAACGAUCUGUGGAAGCACAAUGAACCCAAGGAGAGUCCUGAGAGUAAAUUCGUGAUUUUGGCCAGUGUUACAGCUGAUAAAAUUGAGCCACCCUACAAUGAGCAAACGUGUUCCUUCAUAUUCCAGGAUUUGGAGGGUCGAUUCGGUCCUUUUAGCUAAACUUAAAAUAUAAAAUGUUAUGGAGCCAACUGGGUUCGAAAUAUACGAGUAUUUUCCCAUCGAUCAUUGAUCUGGGGUUUUUAUGGCUUA